UCAGAGAAUGGAUGGAUGACAUUGUCACGAGUGGAACGUGUCCCUGGCGGAACGUUACGCGGUGACGUCACAGAGUGGCGGCAGGCAGCCCAGUUGUUUCCAGGUGCUGCCGUUGAUGCACUCCGCUCUCCGGACGCCGGCUGUCAGACGCGAUUCAGUUGGAGGAGGUCCGCUCAGCUCCACGAAGAGGUCACCACCGCUGACCCUCAGCUGACCCUAGCCGGCGCCAACAUGUCGGAGCAGGACGCCUCCAAGCCGACGUCGGGUAGCGGCGCGACGGCUGCGACGGCGCUCCCCAAGGAGAGCAUGCAGCUGAAGAAGGAGAUCUCCCUGCUGAACGGCGUCAGCCUCAUCGUGGGCAACAUGAUCGGCUCGGGCAUCUUCGUGUCGCCCAAGGGCGUGCUCUUCUACAGCGCUUCCUACGGGCUGUCGCUGGUCAUCUGGGCGGCAGGCGGCCUCUUUUCGGUGGUGGGCGCGCUGUGCUACGCAGAGCUGGGCACCACCGUCACCAAGUCGGGGGCGUCGUACGCGUACAUCCUGGAGUCGUUCGGCGGCUUCUUGGCCUUCGUCCGCCUCUGGACCAGCCUGCUGAUCAUCGAGCCCACCAGCCAGGCCGUCAUCGCCAUCACCUUCGCCAACUACCUGGUGCAGCCGCUCUUCCCCACGUGCGAGCCGCCCUACGCCUCCUCGCGCCUCAUCGCCGCCGCCUGCAUAUGCCUGCUAACCUUCAUCAACUCGGCCUACGUGAAGUGGGGCACCCGCAUGCAGGACCUGUUCACCUACGCCAAGGUGGCCGCCCUCAUCGUCGUCAUUGUCACAGGCGUCAUCAAGUUGUGCCAGGGUUCCACCGGCAACUUUGAGUCGGCCUUCCAGGGCUCCUCCACUGACCCCGGCAACAUCGCUCUGGCGCUCUAUUCGGCGCUCUUCUCCUACUCAGGCUGGGACACGCUCAACUUUGUCACCGAGGAGAUGAAAGACCCCGAAAGGAACCUUCCUCUGGCCAUCGCCAUCUCCAUGCCCAUCGUCACCACCAUCUACAUCCUCACCAACGUAGCUUACUACGCUGUGUUGGACAUGAGCGCCGUAUUGGCGAGUGACGCGGUGGCUGUGAUUUAUUCAAUCCUCCUCCCGAGUCCUCGGGCACACGCAUUCCUCCCCCGAUCACGCUGGCCGAGUGAGCAGAGAGUGAAGCACUCGUCAGUUGUCGCUCAAGCCAUCAUCGUUUGGAAUGGAGCCGCUUCGAACCUUCAGACAUUUGCAGAUCACACGUUAGGCGUGAUGAGUUGGAUCAUCCCCAUCGCCGUGGCGCUGUCCUGCUACGGCGGCCUCAACGCUUCCAUCAUUGCCGCAUCCAGGCUGUUCUUUGUGGGUUCCCGUGAGGGUCACCUCCCCGACGCUCUGUCCAUGAUCCACACGCAGAGAUUCACGCCAAUCCCCGCUCUCAUCUUCAACUGCGUAAUGUCGCUGAUCUACUUGACGGUGGAGGACGUGUUCCAGCUCAUCAAUUACUACAGCUUCAGCUACUGGUUCUUCAUGGGCUUGUCCAUCGCAGGACAGAUCUACCUGAGGUGGAAGGAACCGCAGCGGCACAGACCGCUCAAACUAAGCCUGUUUUACCCGGUGGUGUUCUGCAUGUGCGCCGUGUUCCUGGUGGCCGUGCCGCUCUACAGCGACACGCUCAACUCCCUGAUCGGCAUCGCCAUCGCCCUGUCGGGGGUGCCCGUCUACUUCCUGGGCGUCUACCUGCCGGAGUCCAAGCGCCCGCCGGUCAUCACCAAGCUGCUGCGUUCUCUGACCCACUGCACUCAGUACACUUGCUUCUGCGUCCUCACCGAGACGGACAAGAGUGACUAAAGACACGACACCAGCAGCGCUGCAAUGGAUGACGGGAGAAAAGAAAGGAAGGUCUUUUGUCACUUGUAUGUACGCACGACUACUUCUGUGGAGUCAAGCGGGAAAAUGGUGCACUUGCGUUUCUUCUUUUAUUGAAUUACCCGAUGUCACCGACUUGCCUUGCAACUUCAUCUUGUGGUUUUCUUUCCAGUGUUCGCUGAUCCUACGUUAAAGUUCUUGUCACGUAAUUGCCUUUGUGGCCUGGGCGACGAGUUUUGAGGAUUCAGUCGGGUCAAUACAGUGUGCCUGUCAGAAAUCAUGCAGUGUUUUAACUCAGCCCGUGGGACAUAGAGGGCCCACCGGUGUUUGAUGGAAGUUCUACAAACACAAUAGAAACUAUAUCUUAUUGUUGCUGUCCACUUAAAAAUAUGUAUUGACUUUUUUCCCUAGAUUAUCGGAAACACUUUUUUUUUGUCAUCGUUGGUUUUCAAAUAAAACAAUCACAUUUGGGUUUUUGGUUUUGUUUUUUUAUUUUACAUUUGUUUGAAACAAAAACAAAAAUAUUUGUUUUUAAGUAUAUUGGAUAAAAAUUAAGAUGAAAAGCAAAUACAUUUUGUGUUUUAGACAAAAGCAAAAUGUAUGUAUCUCAAAAUUUUCCCGAAAAUGUAUGCAUCUCAAAUUUUUUUUUGAGAUGCAUUGCUGACAAAUAGCAGAAAAAGCUAUUUGUCAUGCACAAUCACAACGUUUGGAGAUGUUUUUUGGGGGCUGAAAAUCUUUUACAAUACAAACAAAAUUUGGGGGUUAUAGAUAAAUAAAAAACUUCCGUUUAUCUGAAAUUAAUUGUUCAACAGCAACAAAAUUAUUCAUACAGCAUGAGCAUUUGUAGGUUGAUUUUCUUCUUUAUACAGUUCCUCUGAAGUGUAUUAACCAAAUUUAUCUUUGGAAUUGCAUGGCGGACCUAACAGUACAUGGCCCACUCGCCUUUAAAAUAGCCUUGAUUUAUCAUGUUGAUAUUUGUACCAUUUUAGGAGAAUUUGCAAUAUCAUGAGUAAUUCAUGAUAUGACUUAUUAAAGAGUACUUGAUUUUCA